GAUCCUUAUGCCGUCCAGCAAAGUUCCAAGCUGUCUCCCAACCCAGCAUCGAACAAUGAAACGACUACCAGAGAAGAAGCUCUGCGCAAAAAGGAGGCCGAGUUAGCUGAACGAGAAAGAGAGCUGGAUGAGAGACAGCGCCAAGCUGUUCGUCCAGGUGCCAACAACUUCCCGCCUUGUUUUCCUAUAAUGUACCUCAAUAUUCCAGUUGAGAUUCCUAUCCAGCAUCAGCCAGUGGUCUGGUGGCUGUAUCGCGAAUGGCUCUUAUUCGAAAUCACCUUGGUUCUCAACUUUAUUGCCUGCUUGUGUGUUCUCGUCUCACAUCCAGAGUCUAUCACAAGCGCCCCAACCAGCAUGGGGGUAGCUGUUACUGAGCUAUUCACACACACUGCUGCCAGUUUCUUCCUCUGGUACAGACCUGUUUAUAACGCGUAUAUGAAGGACACCUCGCUCUACUACUACUUCUUUUUUGUGUUCAACGGUUUCCAUAUUCUCUAUACUUUUUACAUGGCCAUCGGUAUUCCUUCUACUGGAGGUGCAGGACUUAUCUUGCUAGUAACUCUCUUCUCUGAUCACUUUAUAACAUCUGCCAUAUUUACACUUCUGGCUACCAUCUGCUGGAUUGUUAUGGGAUUCAUGGCACUGUUCCUGUACAAGAAGACCUAUGACCAUUACAAGGCUGCUGGCCACACAUUCCAGGAAGCCAAACAAGAA